AUGGCCACCCCCACCACCGCCGGAAACCCAACGUACGUCAGAAUCCGUCUAGCAGACAAGGAAGACGUUCCUCAAAUCCACCGUCUCAUCUACCAGAUGGCCGUAUUCGAGCGUCUGACCCGCCUCUACUCCGCCACCGAAUCCUCUCUCUCAUCCACUCUCUUCAGCUCCGACUCCCGUCCCUUCCACUCCUUCACCGUCCUCAUCCUCGAGCUCUCCCUAAACUCCCCUUCCCAACAAUUCUCUGCUUCUUCUCCAACCUUCCCCGACAUCAUCCACCGUAUCGAUAUAAGCCCACCGAUCCACGACCCAGACUCGGCGACCUUCGCUUCCUCCCGUGGCGGAGGUGACUGGGUCGUUGCAGGAUUCCUCCUCUUCUUUCCGAAUUAUUCGACGGUCCUUGCAAAGCCCGGAUUUUACGUGGAGGAUAUAUUCGUUCGGGAGUGUUAUAGAAGGAAAGGGUUUGGGAGGAUGUUGCUGUCAGCGGUGGCGUCUCAGGCCGUGAAAAUGGGGCUUGGAAGGGUGGAUUGGUCAGUGUUAGACUGGAACGUGAAUGCUAUCAGGUUCUACGAAGAGAUGGGGGCUGAAGUCUUUCAGGAGUGGAGGACUUGUAGGUUGACGGCGGGGCCCUCGAGGCUUAUGGGAAACAGAUGA